GUCAUGUGGUUCAUAAAAGAUAAGGGAUAGAUUUGUGGCUGCGGUGUCGCUUCCGGCGGGAGGAUGCAAUUGGUUGCAUUCCCCUAGGGCUUCUCCUCCUAUCCUUGAUCAGCCCCGAAGGGCCAUGGCUACCUUCUUUACAUCCCCCACUUUCCUCACUAAAACACUCACAAAACCCCAGCUCCGGUGCUCGCAGGCACCGCGCAACCCACCUCCUCAGACCCAGCAACCCAUCCAAUCGCCAUCACAGCCUUCUUCCCCACCCCCUCCUCCGCCAGCGGCCAAGCCUCAGCCGAAGCCAAAGCUCGCUGCUGAAUCCACCGAUUGGAUCGCCUCCGCCCUAACCAGAAGGUUCGGCCUCGGCGCCGGCCUCGCUUGGGCUGCCUUCCUCGCUGUCGGGGUCGUUUCCGAGCAGAUCAAGACCCGUUUCGAAGCCUCUCAACAGGAAGCAAACACCAAGGAUGUCGAGAAAGAGGAAGAGAUUGUUCUACCAAAUGGCAUCAGAUACUACGAGAUGAGAGUGGGAGGUGGGACUGCGCCGAGGACGGGAGACUUGGUGGUGAUCGAUCUCCAAGGGAGGGUGGAAGGAAGCGGAGAGGCGUUUGUGGACACGUUUGAGGAGGGGAAGAGGCCGCUAGCGCUGGUGAUGGGGUCGAGGCCUUACACCAAGGGGAUGUGCGAGGGGGUGGAGUACGUGCUGAGGACAAUGAGGGCUGGGGGGAAGAGGAGGGUGAUGGUGCCCCCCAGCUUGGGGUUUGGAGAUGAGGGUGCGGACUUGGGGUCGGGGGUCCGGAUACCUCCUGCUGCUAGGCUUGAGUUUGUUGUCCAGGUGGACAAGGUUUCCGUCGCACCUUCUUGAGCUGUGAAGCUCCACAGAGUGGUGUUGUUCAUUCAAUUUUGGCACUGCAAUAUGUCGAAGUCACAGAAGUUGGAUUUCUUCUACGGAUGCUAUUUUGAUUAAUUUCUUUCCUUUAUUAUUAUGCACAGAAUCUCAAA